AUGGCCACUUUAGACAUGGUCGACGCCGACAAACUCUCGCAAUGCGGUUACUUCCUCGGCGAUGUCUACGUAACGGACGAUGCGCAGGGAGAUAUAGUCUUGGGGGGCGUCAAUAGCAUCGGAGGCAACUUUUUUGUCAACACCACGCAGAAUCCGUCCACGGGAGGUCUCAAGUCCGUCUCCGCGCCCGAUCUCCGCACCCUCGAGGGCAGCCUACGACUUGGGCCUCACUCCACACUGCAGCGCGUCGACCUUCCGCAGCUGAAUCAGGUCCUGGGUUCAUUCCUCGUCGGUACUGUGCCCGAGCUCACAGAGCUAAAUGCUCCGGCUCUGGGUGUGUUUAGAGGCUCCUUCUUUCUGACCGACGCGCCGAAGCUAGAAACUUUUACGCUGAAGGCGAACACCACCUACCGUAACGAGUUGGAGAAGGCAGGCGAAGUCCGAAUAGGCAAUGUUGGCGUGCGCAAUCUGACCAAUGUGUUCAAUGGAUUCUCUGCCUACAGCGUCUGGCUGGCCAACCUCCCGAAUCUAAACGAUCUUACAAUGUAUCUAGGCGACGUUAAAUACUUUGACGUCGCUGGAAACGGGAGGCUGAACCUGACAAUCCGGAGUUUGUGCUUCGAGAAGCCAGCUGUGCACAUCAAUAUCACCGGCGUUUCCGCAAUGAACAGUCUCUGUACGCAAAUUCAAGGGAGAAAGUUCUUCUUCGAGAACAAUACGGCCGAGGUGCUACCGUUCUGGAUCAAGGGCCUUCAACAGCUAAGAAUUCAAAACAAUCCCAACCUUAGAUUGGCGAUACCGGGUUCGACGCCAUUCAAUGACGACUGGUCGCUCCGCGAGGUAAUCAUCACCGACAAUCCGAAACUCAGGCUCGCCCAGUCCCUGGGGGCUGACGAUCCAUUGGUGCGCAAUUGUGAUGAUUUCUACAAGGGUAAAAGCUCUGGAUAUGACACGAGAGAAACAUGGGUCUUCGACUGGGAUCUUCUAGAACACUUGGAGAUCCAUGCCGACAUCGAGCCCAAGUUCUUCAUCCCUCUUACCGAUGAUGGGUUCAAUAGUAAAACCAGCGUCGUUGUGGACGUGUCAAUCGCGUCCACAGAUCCUGGGUUCAGUUGCGACUCGUUCAAUUCGCUGCGCUCCAAGACUGGAUUCCUUCGCGGCGAGGAUUAUUCCUGCCAAAACCAGACUCUUCCGUUCGGUCGACCGGACGAUUCGUAUGCAUCAUCGACAACUCCGCGGACCAUGUGGGCGGUUGCUGCACUUGCCUGGACAGCAGCGAUGUGUCUUUGA